UCAGGGCAAAUUCGUGAUGUGACGUCGUCGCGGAAACGGCAAAACGUAAUCCAGCGUCUUUUAGCGACAAAUCAAGGAGCCAAUAGCAGUAAUCACUGAAAAAUAGUCGGCAAUACUGCACGGUGUCAACGUGCUUUUCAUGGUAGGAUCGCGUAGUAAACAGGCAGAGGUGCGAGUGGAGCUCAUUACUACUGAAGAAUUAUAUGCACAUUUCACAAGAAAUCGCUGUUCGUUGAAUGAAGCUUUACCGACUAGAAAAUAAUAUGCAUACAUUUAGAUGAUUAUGCUGCUGGUUUGCAAAUCUAGGACAACGUGAUCUCGAGGAACAAUAAAUCAGCUUUUUUUAUCCAUGGUGUUUGCAAGUUGUAAAGAGAUGGAUGGUAUCGGGAACACAAUGCAGAAGAAGGCUGCGGAGCUCGAGCGCAUGGCCGAGGUUCUGGUCACCGGAGAGCAGCUGAGGCUGCGUCUCCAUGAAGGGAAGGUGGUUAAGGACCGCAGGCAUCACCUGAGGACGUAUCCCAACUGCUUUGUGGCCAAGGAGCUGAUCGACUGGCUGCUGGAGCACAAGGAGGCGUCAGACAGAGACACAGCCAUCAAGAUCAUGCAGAAACUCCUGGAUCAAAGCAUCAUCCAUCACGUUUGUGACGAGCACAAGGAGUUCAAAGACAUGAAGCUGUUCUAUCGCUUCAGGAAAGAUGACGGGACGUUUCCGCUGGACAACGAAGCCAAGGUCUUCAUGAGGGGACAACGGAUAUAUGAAAAGUAGGUUUUCUUUCAAGUGAUAAUAUAUUAGUUUAU